AUGGUGACCAAUGGAGUGAACGGGACGGGUAAUUUCAGUGCGAACGGGCUACCCUACAAACGCACAAUCCUCAUAACGGGUGCAACGGAUGGUGUUGGUAGGUGGAGGUUUGGUUUCGUCAUUUCUUUUGUUUUUUCGAAGGCAUUGACCGCUCAAAACCGGAGCUACCACAAAAAGGGUAAAAAGUGCAAAAAAUAAAUUUGUUUGUUUACCCACCAAAGACCGGCUCCUAAUCCUAAUAAUCCUAAAAAUAAUAUUUUGACGGCCCACAUUUUUUCAAAUAUCUUUUUCGAACUUGCAAGUCAACAUUUUCCAGGGAAACAGCUGGCUCGGGAGUUUAUAAACAACAAGGACAACUUUGUAAUUCUUCACGGGCGUUGCGAGCGUAAAUGUUUGGGGACUCUGGAGGAGCUGGCCUCCGAUCGGUACGCCUACAACGGAAGUACGGUAUCGCUGGGAACGGGUCAUGAUGUCAAGGAAAAUGGGGUUCGCCCGCCUUUCCCGACCAAUGCCACCUAUAUCAACGCGGAUUUCAGCGAUUUUCGACAGGUAAAUUUUUGUGUUCUUGGUUACUGUAAUUUUCGAAGAACCUGAAGUUUUUCAUAUUUUUUUGCCUAAAAAUAUUAACUUUAAAUUUUUAGAUCCUAAAACUCAUCGAGAAAAUCAAAACCUCGCAUUCCCGGAUCAACACGAUCGUUUGUUGUGCAGCCAUCUUGCCGACGCGGCGACUGCAAACCAGGGACGGGCUGGAAAUGCAAUUCCAAGUCAAUCAUCUCUCCCAUUUCGCCAUAUUGAAUGGCCUAGUCCCCCUGCUCGAAGCCAAUGUGCCUUCGCGGAUUUUGACGGUCGGAAGCAUGCUCCACACGAUGAAUGCCAUCGAUUGGGAUGACGUGAAUUGUCUGAAGAGCUACGACAAAUUUCAGCAAUAUUCGAGGACAAUGCUGAUGAAUCAUAUGAUGACGUUCUGCUUGCAUCGGCUGUUUUUCAAACAUCAUAUGGAGUUCAGAGUAACGGCGAAUGUGGUGGAUGCGGAUCAAAAAACUGACCGAAAGGGGACGAGGUAAAGGAGAUUUCUCAUAAACACCCUUUAAGAAAAUUUUUGGCAAAAAACAGGUUUCAUCGUAUAAAGUGUCACCAAUUUUUGGGAACAUUUCUCUUAUAAACCACUAUUUUAAAUAUCCGUUUCAGCAAAAUGAGCCUUGCUUUGCAAUCUUUCGGUUUAGAAGAUUCCAUCGUAUAAAAUGUCACUUUAACUCUUUUGCAAAACUCCCGCUUUUAAACCAUCUAUUUUUCCAGAACAAGUAUGAGUUACACUAUGAAUGACAUCAGCGCUUCCGACACUCAUCUUUGUUCCCAUUCCAGCGGAAUCCAAACGUUGGUUCGGCUAGCCGAAUGGGAAGAAUACAAGCACACCAGUGGGAAAUACUACAAUGCCGUGGGCAAAGAGAUCCCGUCGCUGAGUGAGAUUCGCGACGUCCGAUUGCAGAAUCGAAUGUGGCAGGUUUCCACGGAAUUUACGCGAAGAUAUGGGGGAGAGACUCAGGUGAACAACAUGGUAUAA